AUGCCAGGAGAGGAACGCAAGAAGGUGAGAUUUGGUGAUGAUCAAAUCUUGCCAGAGAGUGAGCGAAGACUGCUGGAAGAUGAGGAAGAGAAACUGUUCACCGAUCAACACCGUGCCGCCCCUGCUCGUGUGGUCGGCUGCACGUCCAUUCGAGCAAUUGUUUUGAUUCAGACAGGUCUCAUCAUUCUCCUCCUCGGGACGCUGGUCAUUGGUCUCGUAUUCAGAGACGAGCGAUUGCCCGCACGAUGUGCAGCAUAUCUGAAUAACGGAACCCCGAUGAGUACCGCAGUGCAGUAUCAGGAGAGACAAAGAGAUGCCUCUACGAGACAUCACAGUCGAUGGCGGGGACCUCCGAGCCACGAGAUCGACGAAGCUUGGCAUGAUAUUGCUCGAGAGAACCUCAUACUCGUUACUGAUGACGAAGUGCGAGCCGCGGGAAAGGAUCCAGCCAGGGUUGUCCGUCUUCCACCGCAGUAUGAACAUCGAUAUGGACCUGGGGCUCUCACUCUGACCCAAUAUGGCGUUGAACUGAGCUGCCUCAACUGGAUACGGAUGUACAUCCAUGCCGAUUAUUAUCGAGAGCAUGAUGACUUCCACAUCUUCGAGCAGAACAGCGAUGAGACAUUACGUCUCAAGCUAGAUCACUGCGUUGAGGUCCUUCGAGACUCCCUCAUGUGCAACGCAGGCACGUCGAUCAUCACGCAUCAAUGGAUCCAAGACCGACCACGAAUGUUUCAGGAUCUGCAUUUUCCCGAAAAGACCUGUAAAGACUUCGACGCACUUGUCCGCUGGACGAAAGAGCGUGAAGUUGAGGAGAUGACACAUCCCGUGAAGGAUGUGAUCUUUGGUCAUCACAAUCCGGUGCAGCCUCAACCCACGGAAUAUGUUUACUCUCACAUCCCCUGA